UAAUAAUGACUACAUAUUCUGGAGCAUUUGAAGUUCUCAUUAUGCCUCCUGUGUUAUUACUCUUUACAUCUCUGAUUCUCUGGAUAGUUUCAGCAUUUUGCAUAUAUGCUGCCAAUAAUUGUGCCAGAAAUUUGCUUAAUUUUCUAACAUAAGCGAGAAAGGAAUUUGCUUGUUUCGAUUCUUGCAACAGUUACUGAGUGAGUUCAGCAUAUUGUCUGUGCUCACCCCACCCAGUAUGAUGGUCUGGUUUAUUCUCCCUUUAUUAUCACCUUUCUGAUUUGGGCUGUUCCAUGAAAGACAGGUUAUUUGUAACUCUAAAAUUAUAAAUAACACUAUGGUAUCUCUUCCAUGGUUUGAAAAGAAACAUUGUUCUGUAAGAAUUACGUACUAUGCAGAACCACAAAGCAUAAAUAAUCCCUUGGCAUAUCCUUCUAAAUUAUGGGAGACUGAAUUACACGAUGGUAGAAUCACUGUGAUUUUAUACUUUUUCUUUCAGGUAUCUUCUUGGAGUAUGGAAUUUGUGUGGAAAAGAAGGUGGUAUCUUCAGCUCAGCUGCGUGUUGAUAUUGAAAUUGGUUUGUGCCAAUCUGGACUUUCAGAAAGAAACUCCAUCAAGCCUGGGUCAGAUUGACCACCAGUGCUGGGAGGUGUCAUCCCAUGGGCUGAUGGAAAUGAAGAAACUCAAGGUGGCAGACACAGUCAUUGCUCUCUGGGACUUCAUGAUGUUCCUGAAGGAAUCCCCCAAGCCCAAGCACAAUGAACUUUUCAAUGAUUUAGCCCAGAACUUCUGGGAUAUGUAUGUAGACUGUGUGCUCUCAAGAUCCCAUGGAAUGGGCAGAAGACAGCUAAUAUCUCCCAAAUAUUCUUCUACAUACUCACAUAGAACUUUAGAAGGUAACUAUAGGAUAGGAUGUUAGUCUGUUAUGUACUGGUGUUAAACCGAAUCGUUGUUCUAUCUCUGAUUGUUUAGACAAUACAACAAAGUCUUUUCCAUUUUUUGUCUCUGCUUGUGAAAUGUAUUUGAGUCUUUCAACAGUAGCUACUAUCACGAUAAAAAGUUUAAAGUUAAAAUGAGUUAAAAGUAGUUAGGGUACUAAAUUUCUGUGUUUAACAAAGUGCAAAUAAUGACAAAAAGGCAUGUGGAAAUGUGUGUAAAUGGAUGCUGCAUGCUCUGUUUAUCACUGUGUGUGUAUAAAUGGCAUUACAGUACUGAAAGUUUCCCAGUAUUUGGACUUCAGUCUCAACUUUGGGGAAUCAUCCCUCUGUGAGAAGGGAAGUGCAAACCUGACCACUUGAUCUCUGUUCUUCCCAUUGCAACUGUUGACAUAUAAUGUGAGCUCAUGGGCACUGUGAAUCACCAAAGUUGUCGUCCUGGUCUCAGAUGAGUCUGAACUGAGAUCAUAUAGGUGAUUGGCCUAAUGUCUUAUUAACUAAUGAUCUACUAAGAUCUAUUGGUUUUCUUCCUCCUCUGCAACAGAUUUUUUUUUUCUGAUUACCCAGUCAAAUGUUUUAGGUUUGUAGACUGAACAUGGAGAUCAUUUAAUCCUAGCAUUCCUAUCUGUAUUGCAUGGAAAAUAACUGCC